AAGGCUUAAUGUGCUGCCACACAGUUGUUAAAGGCGUAUAAAGCCUGCUGCACCAGGCAGGCGUGGCUCCCUCGGGAGGACAUUCCACAGCUUCCGGUUCCGGCGUCGGGAAACGCAGAAGAGACGAGGUGAUUUCUAGAAGCAGGGAGAAAGAGGCCCCUUAACAAACAGCCACCCACCCUGUGAUUGAAGAAGCGUCGCUGUUUUUUCAGCUCCUCAAAGCGACCCUUGGCUGUUAACGGUCUGGUAAAUCUUCCUGAAGAGCAGCCAUGGGUGGUAAGAGCUCCAAACCAGACACAGCAGAUCAAAUUCCUCACUCAUCAGGCAAAUACACCUUUGACAUUGCCAUCACAGGGGUGUCAGGUGCUGGUAAAUCAUCCCUUGUCAAUGCCCUACGGGAUAUGUUGACAGACGAGGAGGCUGGUGCAGCUGUGGUUGAUGUGAUACAAGGUACAAUGGAGCCGAUAGGAUACCUGUACCCCAAAUAUCCAGAUGUAACCAUCUGGGAUCUGCCAGGAAUUGGAACACCUGAGUUUGAGGCAGACGGAUACCUGAGGGAUAUGGAUUUUGACAAGUAUGAUUUCUUCAUCAUUGUUGGUGAAAGAAGCUUCACUGAGUACGACAUCAUGCUGGCCUGUGAAAUUCAGAGAAUGAACAAGAGGUUAUUCUAUGUGCGCACCAAAGUGGAUGAAAGUAUAAAUGCUGAAAGGAUGAACCCCAACUUCAGUGAGAACCAAACCCUACAGCAAAUAAGGAGUUAUUGCUGUGAAAAUUUGACAAAUGCAGGAGUGUCAUCUCCAAGGGUUUUUCUAAUAUCCAGAUGGGAUUUGAGCAUGUAUGAUUUCCCCCUACUGCAAGAGACCCUGCAGAAUGAGCUUGAGGAUCUCAGGAGGCAUACCUUAAUACAACCUCAGGACUCAGAAAGGAAGAUACGCAAUAGAUCAUCGAAAAGAUUUUUCCUGGGUGGCGCUAUCUCGAAAGCAAUCUUAAAAAUUGACCUUGAAAAGUUGAAGGCUGCUUUGGAAGAGAAGGAUAUCUCAGAGUUUGUAACUCAGUGUCAUCAAGACUUAGCAUUGUUGGAAAAUACCACACUUGAUAUCGCUGUCACUGGGCGGUCAGGUGCUGGUAAAUCAUCCCUUGUCAAUGCCCUGAGAGGCAUGAACGAUUAUGAAGAGGACUCAGCAGAGACUGGGGUGGUACAAACAACCAUGGAGACAAAGGGGUAUCAGCAUCCCAUAUUCCCUAAAGUAACCUUCUGGGAUCUGCCAGGAAUUGGAACACCUGAAUUUAAAGCCAGGGAAUAUUUGAAGAUAGUAAAUUUUCGCAAGUAUGAUUUCUUCAUCAUUGUUUCUGGAGAACGCUUCACUGAGCAUGACAUCUUGCUGGCCCGUGAAAUUCAGAAAAUGGGGAAGAGGUUUUACUAUGUGCGUGCCAAAGUGGAUGUCAGUAUAAAUUCUGAGAGAAGGAAAAAGAAUUUCAUUCAGGAAGAAAUCCUUGAGAAGAUAAGGAGAAACUGCUGGGAGUAUCUGAGAAUGGCAGGGGAGCCUUCUCCAAGGGUUUUUCUAAUAUCGAGGCAGGAUUUGGACCUGUAUGAUUUCCCUCUGUUGUAUAAGACCUUGGAGAACGACUUGGAUGAUCUCAAGAAACAUGCUUUAAUCAUGGCUACUCCAACUUUCUCUGGAGAAAUUGUGAAAAGGAAAAGGGCUGCAAUGGAAGCCCUCAUAUGGAAGCUAGCAAUUGUGUCAUGCAUUAUUGGGGCUGUUCCUGUCCCAGGCCUCUCUUUUGCCUGUGAUAUUGCCAUCUUGGUGGGAUCAAUGAUAUGUUUCUGUAAGGUCUUUGGCUUGGAUGAAAAUUCGCUCCAUCUUCUUGCAAAUCGGUUUGGCAAAUCUGUUAACGAGUUAAAAUCUGCAAUCAAAAACACCCCAAUGACCACCGACAUCAAUAAGGAAAUGGUAAUUGGUUUCCUAUCAAAGUCAUUCAUUUGUGCAACAGUGACAGUGAUAGAACUGAUCUGCGAUUUUGUACCUGUGUUGGGAUCCAUAGUUGGUGGAGUCGCUUCUUUCGCCACAACGUUCUACAUGCUUCGAUCCUUCCUACACAAUGUUGAAGUAGAUGCAGCAAAUGUUCGGGCAAAAGCUAUGGAGUGAUAAGAGACCCAACUGAAGAUCUAAGACAUCUAUUAGGAAAGAGAGGCUCAGGCACAAAACAAAUCAAUCUUGCACACAGGGAUGCACAAAUAUGUCAAUUUCCAUUUCAGUUUCUUAUUUUUCCAGUCUUACAUUCAAUUCUCCUAAUUUCUCCAUCAGUUUGCUUUUUAAAAAAGUCCUCACGAGAAUUCAACAUCAUCUUAAUGCACUUUUCUCCUAAUAUACCAAUUUUUAUGUACGGUUUUAACUGUUCAAUACAUUUAUGCUAUCAGUUUUACUUAAUCCACGACAUUUGUGCUCAUGGUUUUCACUAAGGUAAGCAUUUUUCUGCGCACUAUCCCCUUUCAAUUUUUUCCUACAUAUGAUUUGGUAGGAGAACUGAAGCACAAAAUUCAGAGAAGUGCAAAUUUCAAAGGAUAAUUUUGUUUCAGUUUGCGGACUGCCUCGAGGAUUGCGAAUCUGGUACUUGCACAUGAAUAUGUGAACCAAACCAGAUUUCUCCCCCAUUCCUAGUUGUUUGGGGACCCAAACAGAAGCAUGAGAAAGAAAGGAGUUUGGAUUUGAAUUUCUGAUUGGAAGCCUUUAACUACUGCUCUGGCUCAGAAGAAAUAGACAUAAUAAGCCACAUCUUGCUGGUGUUUUGUUACUUUUAUAGAGAUCUCUGGAAUGUGUUUAAUAAUCCAGUAACCAACCAUUUUGUAUCUUGGAAGAUUGUCUGCGUAUCACAUUUUUCUCUCCAAUGCAAGCAAAAUUAUUACAGCAACUUUAGCUAAAUUUCUGUUGAAAUCAAUGAAGACAUGAGCUAGUCUCUUAUCUAAAUAAAUGUAAUGACGUAUUUACACCUGGCAAUAGUUAUUUGAUCUCAUACCUAAUUUUUGUAUGUUAAAGGAUGUACAGCAUAUGUCUUAUUGAGACGCCUGUUGAUUGAAUCAAUAAAUUGACUGAUUGAUUGAUACUACUCUGACAGAUCAAUAAAACCUAGUUGAAAAUUAAGAA